AUGGCACAAGUCGAGGUUGUAUCGUCAUCCUUGGGAGUUGUCCUUCAACAGGCCAAUGAGCACCUUCUAUUUACCCCGUUACCUACAUUCAAAGAGGUAGGAGUUCCAUCCACCCUUUCGAGCUUGCAGAACGAUGAGCCAUCUGGUGCAACGAGUCAAGAUUUGCGCUUUGACCCUAGCGCUCUGAAAGCGCGGUACGACUUAGAGCGAGACAAGCGACUUGCCGCAAACCUAGAUGGCGUUGAUCAGUAUAAAUCGAUCAAAGACAGCGAUCCCGUAUUUGGCCAUUACAUCAAUGAUCCAUACGUCAAAAGAAAGGAAAGAAGUCCAGUAAGCGAACGAGUUGAGACUUUAAUUGUUGGUGGCUAUGGUGGCCAACUAGUCGCUGUUCGGCUCCUGGAAGCGGGUGUCACAGAUAUAAGGAUGGUUGAGAAAGGGGGCGAUUUCGGAGGAACGUGGUUGUGUGGGACUCAGAAAACAAUGAGUGGAUUGCUCACAGCGACCGUGGCGACAUUAUCAAAGCACGCUUCUUUGUCUCUGCCGCAGGACGAACCAUUACACCGCCCAAAGCUGCCGGGGAUUCCAGGAAUUGAAAAGUUCAUGGGCCACUCUUUUCAUUCUUCUCGAUGGGACUAUGAUUACACUGGCGGCAACAGCACAGGAGACCUUCACAAGCUGGCUGGCAAGCGGGUAGGCAUUAUAGGUACCGGCGCGACGAGUGUCCAGAUCGUACCGCACCUAGCCAACCACGCGCAACAGCUUUACGUCUUUCAGCGUACUCCCAGUAGUAUAGAUGUUCGAGGCAACAAGAUGACAGAUACGGGGUGGGUCAAAUCGUUAGGUGAUCAUUGGCAGAAACGGCGAAUGGAUAAUUUCAACAUCAUUGUCAAUGGUGGUCAUCAAGAUGUGGACCUAGUUGCUGAUGGAUGGACGGAUAUCAUUCGCAAACUGCUCGUCCGCCGACCAAAUGACCCCAGUAACCCUGAAAGCGCCGAGGGAAUGGCUAAGAAGCGUCAGCUUUGCGAAUAUGAGAAAAUGGAGCAGAUCCGGGCACGAGUUGACUCGAUCGUCCAAAACCCGGCAACCGCCGCCAAGCUUAAACCAUAUUACAAUCAGUUUUGCAAGCGACCGUGCUUUCAUGACGAAUAUUUACAGAGCUUCAAUAGUCCAAUCGUUCAACUGGUCGACACAGAUGGCAAGGGUGCCCAGGGCAUUAGCGAAAGAGGUGUCAUCGCUAAUGGGAAAGAAUAUGAGAUUGGCUGCCUGAUUUACGCAACUGGAUUUGAACUCGCCACAGACUGGCCUCAAAGAAGUGGUUUUGAGGUAACUGGACAAGACGGAAUACUACUCUCAAAGAAGUGGAAAGAUGGUGCAUCAACCCUACAUGGCUGGACGACGCGCGGGUUUCCGAACUUCUUCAUAGUACAAAUAUUGCAAGCAGCAUUAACUCCACAUUUCAUGCAUGUCACUGCCGAUCAAGCAAUUCACUUUGCAUAUGUGAUCAACGAGACGAAAAAGCGAAACAUCAGGACCCUUCAGCCCACGUACGAAGCGGAAGAUCAAUGGGUUCAAACAAUUGUCGCAUUCAGCAAAAUCAGAGAAAGCUUUCAGAAGGAAUGUACACCCGGCUAUUAUAACAAUGAGGGCAUUCCAACCUUGAAAUUAUCUAGAAACUCGUCCUACGGCGGUGGUCCGCUAAAGUUUCUCCAAAUAAUGGAAGAGUGGCGGGCGAAGGGAGACUUGGAUGGGCUUGAUAUCGAACAUUUCGAGAGCAAUAGACAUUAUUACGUUUCACCUAGCGGUGUUUAG